UUGUUUAGCGCUUGGACUAAACGUAUCCGUUUAAAUUGAAGAGAAAUUAAUCGAAACAAAGUAUUUGAAGACUUGUUAGUUGUUACGUUAAAUUAAUGAUAUAUCAGACAAGGAAACUCAGCUUGCACAUGGCACUGGAAAUUAAUCAAGUUGCCGAAUAGCGACGCACUUGCAUUUUUUUGCGAAAUUUCUGAAGACGGUCAGUAGCCUAUAGCCUAAGAUACGCGGAAGGGGUUUUGUGAUGGAAGAAGGAUUUACUUAAUUUUAUACAAACACAUUUCUCUCUCCUGACUGACCUAUGCGAGCAUAUACAGAUGGUUAUAGACUUGAGCAAAGAACACUAGCAUUUCGGAGGAUUACCUUGACAAACAUACAACCUUCAUGAUGAAUCGGGCAUUCUGGGAUGUGAUCUUUCUCAUUACUGGGUCCCUCUUUACCUAUGGAACCGGACAUGAUAAUUCUACUAUUGCUACUAAUUCUACUAUGACCACCACCCCUCCUGUGAUUACUACCGCUGUAAACAUUAUGAUCUUUUCUACCACUACCAGCACCAUUACCACAACCAACCUUUCAGUUAAAAAGUUUGUGGCAGCAGCUGUUCGAUCACACUUCGAUGACUGUCCUGACUCGCACAGCCACUUCUGUUUCCAUGGCACCUGUCGUUUCCUGAUUCUGGAGGAGACGCCUGCAUGUGUGUGUCACCAAGGCUUUGUAGGGAUGCGAUGCGAGCACGCCGACCUGCUGGCCGUGGUGGCCACCAAUCACAGGCAACAGACAGUUGCCACGGCGCUAGUGCUGUGUGUGAUUGGCUGUGUCUUGACGAUGCUGCUCUGUACACUUUUACAGUAA